ACCGUGAAUCUGUUUGCCACACUAUGCUCCCAUACCAUACUCUGCUCAAUCCAAUCCCAUUCCAUUCCAUUCCAUCAGGUUUCAUUCCAUUCCAUUGUUUGCUUUUUCCCAUCAAUCUUUCCAUUACAGCUCAAUGAAAUUCAGGGCUUUUUUGUGACUUAAAAAAUUUCGAUCUACAAAGAAACCUUCAAUCUCAUCACUAAAAAAAAAAUGUAUUCGAAACUCCAAAAUUCAUCCUUAAUACUUCAAAAGAUCCCCAAACAAACAAUCCCUUCAAUAAUCAACACAAACCCAGUUCUUGAAACCCCCCAAAAAUUACAAGAAUCAGAUGUUUUCAAAAGAUUACAUAAUAAAACUGACAUUAAUUUACCUGUUAACUAUUUUAAAUCAAUAUCAUUUACCAAUUUCUUUAAACAAAAAACGCCUCCUAAUUACCAAACAAUCAUCGAAAAUCUAUCCGAAAAAAACGACUUUGAUGGAGUUCAGUACUUUUUACACCAGAUGAAACUUGAUAACGUUACUUGUUCUGAGGGUUUAUUCAUUAGUGUCAUUAAUUCUUAUAAAAGAGCUGGUUUAGCUGACCUGGCAUUGAAAACAUUUUACCGAAUUCAAGAUUUUGGGUGUAAACCGAGUGUUAAGAUAUAUAAUUGUUUGUUGGAUGGUUUGUUGAAUGAGAAUAAGUUUCAUAUGAUUAAUCCGGUUUUUAGUAAUAUGAAACGAGAUGGGAUUGAACCCGAUAAGUAUACUUAUAAUAUUUUGUUGAAAGCGUUAUGUAAGAAUGAUCGGAUUGAUGGCGCACGUAAGGUGCUUGUUGAAAUGUCUAAGAAAGGUUGUGAACCUGAUGAAGUUAGUUACACGACGAUUGUGUCGUCGUUGUGUAGGGUUGGGAAGGUGAAGGAAGCGAAGGAGGUCGUUGAUAGUGUUGUUGUGGAAGGUUUUGAUAUGGUUUCGGUUUAUAAUGCUUUGAUUGAGGGAGUGUGUAAAGAUGGGGAUUUUAAUGAGGCGUUUCGAUUAUUGGAAAAGAUGGUUGAACCGAAUGUUGUUACGUUUACUACGGUUAUUAAUAUGUUGUCGGGUGUUGGUGAAGUUGAACUAUCGUUGGCUAUCUUUGCUAAGAUGUUGUUGAGACGAUGUUGCCCGAACGUAUACACUUUUGCUUCUUUGAUAAAGGGGUUUUGUGCAAAAGGAAGAAUGGAAGAAGCGUAUGAAGUUUAUGAAAAAAUGACCCGGGAAGGUGUUUUGCCAAAUGUUGUCACUUAUAACAUACUGAUACACGGGUUUUGUACAGUUGGGAAUAUGCAGAAAGCGGUUUCUUGUUUUCAAGAAAUGGAAAGAAGAUCAUGUUUUCCAAAUGUAACGACAUAUGGGACCUUGAUCAAUGGCUAUGCAAAGUCUCGUGACUUUGCAGGUGCAUCAGAGACAUGGACCAAGAUGAUAAUGCAGGGAUGUCACCCAAACGUUGUAGCGUACACAUCCAUGGUGGAUGUACUUUCUCGUAAUUUGAUGUUUGAUGAAGCGUUUGACCUUAUCGACAACAUGAGUUGCCCACCAAAUGCAGCAACUUACAAUGCACUCAUCAAAGGUCUUUGUGUUGACGGAAAGGUAGAUUCAGCAAUGAAGUUAUUUCAUAAAAUGGGAAACAUGGCUAAUUCGACAACAUACAAUGAGCUAUUGAUGGGGUUUUCAAUAGUCAACGACUUUAAAUCCGUGCUUGAACUUGUACUUGAGAUGGAAAAAAGUGAAUUCGGGCUUAACUUGGUCACGUACAACACGGUCAUCAACAUGUUUUGUAAUAAUAGUAUGGUUGAUGAGGCUUUUAUGUUUAUGGCAAAGAUGAUAGUAAAAGGGGUGAAACCGGAUAUGAUCACUUUCAACAUAAUGAUCAAUGGGUUUUGUAAGUGUGGUAAGGUUGAACUUGCGGGUCAAUUUGUGGACGUCAUGACCCGAGAGGGUUUACGGGCUAAUUUAGUUACAUACACGAGUCUUGUAUACGGGAUGUGCAAGUAUGGUGGUGUGGAAAUAGGCGAAGAAUGGGUUCAGAGAAUGGUGAAUGACGGGGUAUGUCCGGAUAAGGGGAUAUGGAGUGUUUUAGUUAGGUGUUUGAUGAGUAAAAUUGGGUAUGAAGGUACAACAGAUUUGGUCAAUAGCAUCAUGCUUGUUUAAGGGAGUUAAGAACUUAAGAUUAGGCAGAAACAAUGCUUUAGCCGAGUAUCGAGUUUAGAAUCUUGUAUAUGUUUUUGCUCCUAAAAGUAAAGUAACAUGAUUUUGGCAAUAGUUUAGACUUUAGACAGAACACAGUAUAAAAUGUAUGAUUUUGUGAUCAAGGAAUGUAUAAACCAAAGUCCCCUACUUUGACUCUAGAGAUAUUGUUUUGCUCGUUGCAUACCAUGAUCUACAAGUAACUGAACAAACACCAACUCUCUCUGAGUCGAGUCAGCUUAUAACUCUUUCGAAUUGUAUAAAUAGGCAUAAAGAAAAUAUAUGAUAUCUCAGCAACAGAUAUCAUAUAUUUUCUUAUCGAGUUUAA